GCAGAAAAAAAAAAAAACAAAUUAAAACCUUUUCCGUCAUUUCCAAUUUCCAUCUAAGAGCGAAAAGGGCGUCCUUCGACUUCUUCCCCAAAACUGAGAAUUUGAGAAUCAAAAUUUUCCCAGAAAUCGAAUUCCAGAGUUUCUCUCUCUUUACUAGGAAGAACUGAAGAAAUCGAUAGAGGCGAAAAUGAGUCUCCGUCAAAGUAACUUGAAGCCUGAAAGACCUGAUCCUGUUUUCUUGAGGACGCUGGAUUCCAGCAUCAAACGUAACACUGCAGUUAUUAAAAAGCUUAAACAGAUAAGUGAAGAUCAACGAGAAGGCUUGAUGGAUGAUUUGCGAGGUGUCAACCUGAGUAAAUUCGUGACUGAGGCAGUGGCAGCUAUAUGUGAUGCGAAGCUAAAAACUUCAGACAUUCAGGCUGCUGUUCAGAUUUGUUCAUUUCUUCACCAAAGAUACCUGGAUUUCUCAUCGAGCCUGACCCAGGGGUUAUCAAAAGUGUUAUUUUCUGGGAAAGCAACAGAAGACCUGGAGACAGAUAAAAACUCAAAAGCCAUGAAGAAGCGCAGCUCCUUAAAGCUCCUUUUGGAAUUGUACUUUGUUGGGGUCAUAGAAGAUAGUAGUGUUUUUGUCAACAUCAUCAAAGAUCUUACGAGUUUGGAACACCUAAAGGACCGAGAUGCUACUCAGACUAAUCUGUCUCUGCUUGCUACAUUUGCACGUCAAGGAAGAGUUUUCCUGGGCCUUCCACUUUCUGGACCAGAAGCUGAUGAAGAGUUUUUCAAAAGCCUUAAUGUCACUGCUGAUCAGAAGAAAAUCUUCAAGAAGGCGUUUCAUGUGUAUUAUGAUGCUGUUGCUGAAGUCCUACAUGCUGAGCAUGCUUCUCUUCGCCAGAUGGAGCAUGAGAAUGCAAAAAUUUUGAAUGCGAAAGGGGAGCUAAGUGAUGAUAAUGCAUCAUUAUACGAGAAGUUGCGAAAAUCUUAUGACCAUUUGUACCGGGGUGUCACAUCUUUAGCUGAAGCCCUUGAUAUGCAACCUCCAGUGAUGCAUGAGGAUGGUCAUACUACCAGGGUAACUAGUGGGGAUGAUUCUUCUUCUGCUGCUGGAAAGGAAUCUUCUGCUGUUGAAGCUGUGUGGGAUGAUGAAGAUACAAGAUCUUUCUAUGAGUGCUUACCCGAUCUUAGAGCAUUUGUUCCAGCCGUUUUACUGGGGGAUGCUGAUUCCAAGGCCAGUGAGCAACAUGCAAAGACGCAAGACCAAUCAUCUGAUGCUGCCUCAGAACAUGAUCAGGGUCACCCAGCUGCGGAGGAUACUGUUGAGUCCUCUGUUGACUCUCCAACUUUGCAGGAUGGUAAAAUAAUUGACAAAGGAAAGGAUAAAGAAGGAAAGGGAAAAGAUAGAGAGGAGAAAGAGAAGAAUAAAGAAGUUGACAAAGAGAGAGGAAAAGAUAAAGAUGCAGAUAAGAAAGGAGAUAAAGAAAAGGAAAAACAUAAAGGUCUCGAGGGUACCAAUCUGGAAACUUUGGUGCAGCGCCUCCCAGGUUCUGUCAGCCGUGAUCUUAUUGAUCAGUUAACUGUAGAAUUUUGCUAUUUGAACUCAAAGACUAAUCGAAAAAAGCUUGUGAGGGCAUUAUUCAAUGUUCCCAGAACCUCCUUAGAGUUGCUUCCAUACUACUCUCGCAUGGUUGCCACAUUGUCUACUUGUAUGAAGGAUAUCUCUUCAAUGCUUCUUCAGAUGUUGGAAGAGGAGUUCAACUUCUUGAUAAACAAGAAGGAUCAAAUGAACAUUGAAACAAAGGUCAGGAAUAUCCGGUUUAUUGGGGAACUGUGCAAAUUUAAGAUUGCCCCAGCUGGCCUUGUAUUUAGCUGCUUAAAGGCUUGCUUGGAUGAAUUUACCCAUCAUAAUAUAGACGUGGCUUGCAAUCUUCUGGAGACAUGUGGGCGGUUCUUAUAUCGUUCUCCUGAAACCACAAUACGCAUGGCUAAUAUGUUGGAGAUACUUAUGCGGCUGAAAAAUGUGAAGAAUCUGGACCCUCGUCAUAGCACUCUUGUUGAAAAUGCAUAUUAUCUCUGCAAACCUCCUGAGAGACCUGCCAGAAUCACUAAAGUCCGCCCUCCCUUGCAUCAGUACAUUAGGAAAAUGCUCUUCUCAGAUCUGGACAAAUCCUCCAUUGAGCAUGUGCUUAGACAACUUCGGAAAUUGCCAUGGAGUGAAUGUGAGCCAUAUCUGCUGAAAUGCUUUUUGAAGGUUCAUCGCGGAAAAUAUGGGCAAAUUCACCUUAUUGCAUCACUGACAGCUGGACUCAACCGUUACCAUGAUGAUUUUGCUGUUGCUGUUGUUGAUGAGGUUUUGGAAGAAAUCAGACUGGGGCUAGAGUUGAAUGACUUCACUAUGCAGCAACGACGGCUUGCACACAUGCGUUUCUUAGGGGAGCUGUAUAACUAUGAGCAUGUGGACUCAUCUGUUAUCUUUGAGACGCUAUACUUGAUUCUUGUUUUUGGCCAUGGCACUGCUGAGCAAGAUGUCCUGGAUCCUCCCGAGGAUUGUUUCCGUAUUAGGAUGGUUAUUACACUUCUUGAGACCUGCGGACACUACUUUGACCGAGGUUCAUCCAGAAGGAAACUUGAUCGAUUUUUGAUACAUUUCCAAAGAUAUACCCUGGGCAAGGGUGUUUUACCGCUUGAUAUCGAGUUCGACUUACAGGAUCUCUUUGCUGAUCUGCGGCCAAAUAUGUCUCGCCAUACCUCCAUUGAAGAAGUCAAUGAUGCCCUUGCGGAACUGGAGGAGCAUGAAGGUAAAGUCAGUAGUGAAAGACAUUCAGAGAAUGAGAAGCGUUCAAGCAGUAUCUCUCGAAAUAAUCUUGUUAAUGGUCAAGGCCUUGCAAAUGGUGUUGAUGAAAAUGGGGGUGCACACGAGGAUAUAAUAGGGGAUAGUGAAACGGACUCGGACAGUGGCUCAAUAGGUGCUGGGGGUCAUGAUGACGAUGAUGACAUGUAUGAUGAGAAUCAUGAUGCAGGGAGUGAGGUUGAGGAUGAUGAUGAUGAUGUAGGGCCUGCUUCUGAUGAAGAUGGUGAAAUUCAUGUCAGGCAGAAGGCAUCUGCCCGGGUUCAGAAGGAAGAAUCUGAGUUUGACAGGGAGCUCAAAGCUCUUAUGCAGGAGAGCUUAGAAUCUCGUAAGCUGGAACUGCGAUCCCGCCCAACACUUGACAUGAUGAUACCAAUGAGCAUUUUGGAAGGUUCUUCUAAGGAUCAUCAUGGAAAAGGGAUUGAAGGGGAGAGCGGGGAAGACACAUUGGAGGAAGAGAAUGGAGGAAACCGAGAGGUGCGUGUAAAAGUUCUUGUGAAACGAGGACACAAGCAACAGACAAGGCAAAUGUCGAUUCCUCAAGAUUGUUCUCUAGUGAGGAGUACGAAGCAGAAAGAAGCUGCUGAGCUUGAAGAGAAGCAGGACAUAAAGCGAUUAGUUCUGGAGUACAAUGAUAGAGAAGAAGAGGAGCUUAAUGGGGUUGGGGUUGGUAACCAAAUAAUGGGUUGGACACAAUCUGGGAUAGGCCGAAUACCUGGUCGUGGUAGCGCUUGGGAAGGAAGUGGUGGUAGAGGUUCUGGCUCACGUCAUAGGUACCACCAUCAUUCUGGUGGUGGACAUUUUUAUAGUCGAAGAAGAUGAAGACAAUUUGGAGAGUGAAUUAAAUUAGACUUGGGUCCGGAGUAUUCUUGAAAUCUUCCUUAUUGAUACUUCAUACUGAGUCUGAGGAGGGUCUGCAUAAGCUUGCAGUUGAGAUGAUUCAUGACAUUUAUUCAUCUGCAACCAAAAUGCAGAGGAUUGAGGAACAUCCCGAUGGACUUCGAUUACACUGGGUUGUUGCGUGACAAAAACAAGGAUACCAAUGAGCAUGAGAUUGGAAAUACGGAAAAUAGUAUGUAUGAUUAUAACUAGAAAUUGAAGGGGGUUUGUCUGAGUUGCGGAGAUACCAUAUUAUCAUGAUAAUUAUUUCUUUUAGGUUAAAAAUGAUGUAAAUUCUUCCACACAAGAUUAACUGCCAAUGUAAAUAGUUGGCUACUAAUAUAGGUCCAAGAGGUGCUAGUACUUGCCAUGAGUCUUUAAGAGCAACAACUGGAACUGUUCGUUUUCCAAAUACUGCUUUUGAUGAUACAGAUCUCUGUAAUACAAAUUGAGGAAGCUUGUGCGAAAGAUCUGUGUUCAUAGCUUUGAUGUAACAAGCGAGAAUCCGAAUCUGUAAGUUUUUUCUAGUGAUUACUACGUGUAAGCUUGUGGGAAACAUCUCUGUUCAAUUGUUCAUACUCCUUCGCUUUGAUGUAACAAGCAGGAAUCAAAAGCCUUGAAAAACUUUGUUUUCUAGUGACUACUAUGCGUAAGCUUGUGG